CUCUCCUCUCCCUCUCCUCUCCUCUCCUCUCUCCCCUCUUCCCUCUCCCCUCUGCUUCUCCUUCCAACCGAGCUCUCAAUUACUGAACCAGACCCUUCAUUAAACUGAUAAUGAUUUGAAUUGGAGCCUUUUUAAUUGUGUUCAGCUCUGAUAUUUCAAGUUAAGCAGUCGCAUUUUAUAAGCGAUUUCUACUCUGCAACUUUUUAGGAGAUGAGUGUGGAGUAGCGGUCAGGGCUCUGGACUCUUGAUCGGAGGGUCGUGGGUUCAAUCCCAGGUGGGGGACACUGCUGCUGUACCCUUGAGCAAGGUACUUUACCUAGAUUGCUCCAGUAAAAACCCAACUGUAUAAAUGGGGAAUUGUAUGUAAAAGUAAUGUGAUAUCUUGUAACAAUUGUAAGUCGCCCUGGAUAAGGGCGUCUGCUAAGAAAUAAAUAAUAAUAAUACUAACUACGGAACGUUUCUCCUGUGAGCGGUUCGGAACGUUAUCGAUCGGUUUUGUUGUUUCCAACUCGGACUGAGUUUAGUGUUACACACACACAUAGAGAGGGGCGCACACGUGAAAACAGGAAAUUAUUUCGGCUGAAUUGUGUUUAUUUAGUUUUGCAGCAACAAAAGAACCAGAAAAUGGGUAAAAAUAACAAAAACAAACCCGGGUCGAAGCGGAGAGAGAACAAAUGCGUGGUGACGUUCAACGAGGACGAGAGACAGGAUUAUCUGACCGGGUUUCACAAACGGAAAGUUGAGCGACGGAAGAAAGCCGUGGAUGAGAUCAAGAAAAAAAUCAAGGAGGAGCAGAAGAGAAUGAGAGAGGAGAGACACAAGGAGUACGUGAAGAUGCUGAGAGAGAGGACUGAGGCUUUGGAGGAGGCCGGUGAGCUCGAUCACCUCAUCACCUCGACCGCGGAGACCGUCCAGUACGACCACCCCAACCACACCGUCACCGUGACGACCGUCAGCGACCUCGACCUAUCGGGGGCCGGCUGGCUCGGCAGGCCGGCCAAUCAGGAGGCUGGAGAGAGGGAUGAUGGAGGAGAGGAGGAGAGGGAGAAGGAGACUGAACGGGAUUCUGAGAAACCGCCCUGCACCCUCCCCAAAAAAUCAGGGGACCCCAUCCUGUCCCAGAAGCUCUCCUCUCUCACAUCCUCUCUCCACUCUCGCACUCAGUCGAAGGGGAAGGGGAAGGGGAGAGGGAGGGGGAGGGGGGAGAGAGAGGGGGGAGAUCAGAACAAGAAGGGGGUCCAGCGCGGGCGAGGGGGGCGGACCAGCAAAUCCCAGCGCCGCAAACGAACUGGGAGAGCCAGGCAGCACUGUGCCUGAGGGAGGAGAGCACCAGUACAGACCAGUACAGAGACAGCGAGGAGACUGGGAGAGAACAGAGGCUAGAAAAACAAUCACACUGCAACAGAGAGAGAGAGACUGGGAGAGAAGAGACAUGCCGGCCGUCUGUCUGUGUGUCUGUCUGCGCCCCCCCCAGACUGGAACCCAGGCCUCUGGAAGAUGACGGGCCAGUCUAGUGCAUUAACAUGAACCCGCUAGCGCCCCCUAGCCCUCCAGAUUGGAACCCCAGGCCUCCCAGAGGAAGGUGAAAGCCAGGAACGAGAGGCUAUUGAAUUAGCCCUGUGUGUGUGUGUGUGUGUGUGUGUCUGUGUGUGUGUGUGUGUUUGUCUCUGCUUGUGUCUGUGUGUGUGUGUGUGUGUGUCUCUGUCUGUCUGUCUGUGUGUGUGUCUGUCUCUGCUUGUGUCUGUCUCUGCUUGCGUCUGUCUGUGUGUGUGUCUGCCUGUGUGUGCGUUUCUCUGUCUGUCUGUCUGUGUGUGUGUCUGUCUCUGCUUGUGUCUGUCUCUGCUUGCGUCUGUCUGUGUGUGUGUCUGCCUGUGUGUGCGUUUCUCUGUGUGUGUGUCUGUGUGUGCGUGCGUGCGUGUGUGUGUCUGUCUGUGUGUGUCUCUGUGUGUGUCUGUCUGUUUGCCUAUGCGUUUCUGCGUGUGUGUGUGUGUGUGUGUGUGCGCGCGUGCGUGCGUGUGUGUGUGUGCGUGCGUGCGUGCGCGUGUGUCUGCGUGUGUCUGUCUGCGCCCCCAAACCCCCCAGAUUGGAAACAAGACCUUCCACAGAUGUGUUGCUUUUGUAAAAAAAAAAAAAAAGUUAUUUGUUACAAUUUACAGUAAAACACAAAUACGGUUCAAUGUACAUGAUCUAGAUACUAUCAGUGUCUGUGAAUCUGUAAACAUAAUAAAAAUGUUAAACGCUG